UUUGAGGUGCAGCCUGGGAAGAUUUUAUGUAUAAAAUUCAAUCCAGCCAAAACUCAGCUGACAUUACUGAACCAGAACUAGACAGAGCCUUUGUGAGAUUACAGAGACUUUUAGAGAAAAAGGUCAGAGUAUUUUGGCAUAAACAUUACUUUUCAAAAUACUGUGAAAAUCACAUUACUCCUUGGGGUCUGCGAAUACAAAUAUUCCCUAACCUCAAGAAAAUUGAUGAUUCACUUAAAACUGAAUGGGAAGACAACCUACAAACUUGCUCGUUCGGGAUGAUGCACAUCCUCUGCAAGCAAUAUGAGGGUGAAAUUACUGACCUUGAUUUACAGAUUAAUACUUGGUAUAUUGAUCUGAUUCUAGCUGCUACUAGCCCUCUCUUCAUACAACGUGAAAAGGAGCUAAAAGAACACUUGGAGGAAUAUACUGCUGACCUUAUAAAGAUUAAGGAAGGCAAAUAUAUGCGAGACAAAUCGGCAUACGAUAACAAGUAUGCAUACAAAUGGACUCCAUCUACAUUUGCGAGACAACCAGCAUAUCAACCUACUCGAAAUGUACCUCCUAAUACCUCCAAUAUACCUAACAUGUCUUCUGUCUCCUCUGCAGCAUCCAGCCAAUCAACGGUCUAUCGGGAUCUUUCACAGAACCAACUCCCUAAGAAACGUAAAAGCAACCGCAAAUCCGCGUCAUCGGAUUCACUUUCUCGCACCGGAUCUACUAUUACGCGACAAUUCACCACUAAUUCGUCCACACUGGACAAUAUCAGGUCUUUUUCUCGACUACCACAGUCUGGCACACCGCAGGUGGCCUCCACCUCGUCAGCACUCCUCACUCGGGCUUUACCUAUGGCUCCACCCUUUUCUCUUUCACCCACUACCACUCCCACGAGACGGAGCUGGCUUUAUAAAUUCUGGUCGCUUGUGGAACCCCUGAGGAAGCCGGCCACGGCGAAAUAUAUUGGGUCCAACAACAUCUUUAAAUCGACCAGUAGCUCAAUAUUGGGGAAUUCCAGCAACCCAAAUCAGACACUCUGGCAAUUUUGUUUUUAA